AUGGAGGUUCUUAAAGAACUCCCCGUAUCGGGACUGGACGCCCUUAAGAAUAGAUUUCUUCUCCGCGAACACCUUGGCGGCUUGACGGAGGAGGAGUUUGUGGAAGUGUUGCUCGGUGUCUGCGCUGACUACAGUACGGUCAAUUCCCCUACGGAGGCCGAGGUCCGAAGAGUGUUUGCAAGAACCGAUCUUUUGGGGAUUGGCCGCAUUUCUUGGGAAGAGUUCUCCAUGUACGCUAUUGAUUCCCUCCGACAGCGUGUGCAGCGAGUGAUAACUGGGGAGAAGGAAAAUGAGCGUUUUCACCCGUAUCAUGUGGAGCAGCUCCUGUCGAAGGUUCAUGCGGGAUCUGUGAGGGAAAUGCGUGUGUUACCGAAAAUUGGGAAGGUAAUGGUGGUCACCACAAGUAUCGGCGGUUGUUGCACCAUGAAUCUCUGUGAUAUUUCGCGAAACCUCCCCUUGUUUGGUACUAUCCGACAGAAUUCUAAUACACCUCUUGCGUGGGAUGCACUUCCUCAGGCUGCGGGUGGUUUAUUUUCCAACAGUAUUGUCUGCUCUUACGAUGGGGGGCUUGUGCGAUUGUUUGGCGUCACAAAGACAAACUGCUUUGAUUGCUGCUUGGAGGAAUUCCAGCUGAUGCAUCUGACGGAUACUCAAUCUGCUAUUCAUUGGGUUCCAUUUAUGAACCGUCUUGCGAUGGGUAGUUGUAAAGGCUUGGUGACACUGUGGGAAAUGCAAAAUCAAUCUGUGAUGUUGCGGAAGCGACUCUGUCGGCGCCUCAUUACGAAGAUGCAGAGUCGGAAUCAACUGCUCUAUGUGGCGAGCCUGGAUACCCAUGAGGCUGUCAAGUGUCUCGAUCUCGAACACGGCAGAGUGCGGUAUGCCUUGAAUGAUCACACUGUAGGUGGCGCGACACAGUUGUUGGUGGACGAUCAGCUGUUAUUCUCGGCGGGGUUUGAGCGAGGCAUCGUACAGCGACCGCUGACACUUUCGAGGUCGGAGCCUGUGCUUCUGUACGACAGUUUACUCCCUCACCAAGGGUGUAUAAGUGCCCUGGAACGUCUGAAAGAUACCUCCCUUUUGGUCUCCGGGGAUACAGAGGGAAAUCUGAAGUUUUGGGACCUACGCAUGGCUGCAUGUUUGCAGACAAUCAAGGGCAAAAAGACUUCUUCUAGCAACGACUGCCACACGCUUCCCGAACUGCAGGAGGAUUUAAAAGAGUAUUGUGCAGCCCCUGUGCGUAGUAUCUGUCACAUUGAUGUGCUGGGCAAAUUGGCUGUUGCGACUUCGAAAGAAUUACUCGUCCUUAGUUCCGAUGUUUCACUCCGCCCGGCACUCGUUGACGACCGUUGCAGCUGCCGGUUUGUAUUUUUCCCAAACCCUGAGUUUUUUCUUACCGUGCAUGAUUCGUGUGCCAAAUUGUGGUCUGCCUCCACAGGCAUGUUAGACCGGUGCACUGGGCCGGAUAUAACAAAAUUUGAUAUCACGUCCGGUUGUUUGCUUGAGCCCCUUAAUCGGCAGCUGCUGUUGGGAACCAUGGGGGGUGAACUAAAGGCAUUUUCGGUAGCACUUCUGGAACUGUCGUUGGAUCUGACACCCGCCAUUCAACCAUAUAUUCUUGGUAGGGAGAUCACGGACCUUUAUACAGUGACGCGAUACGGCGAUGAUGACAGAACAUAUGUGAUGGUUACCACAGAAUCCACGAUUAUUAUUGUCCCGUUCCGUCCAGACUGCGGUCCACAGGCUGUCAUCUCAUUUCAAGGAAUAGUGAAGAGUUUCCUGCAUUGGAAUCAAAUUAUUAAGGCAACGGCAAUCACGGAACUCCAUUUUAUUGUGGCGACUUCAGAUGCACGUGUGCAUUUUGUUAACUACCGGGGUCUUGUCUCUGUCACGCACACAUUUCACAUGCCAGCUGCAGUGGAAGCAAUUAUUACAAAGCCCGCUUUCAUGUUGAGGGGCCACUUUGCGGAAGAGGGAAUUAAGAGCAGUCAAUCGAAAGAAUUUAUUACCUUCUUUGCGGAUGUCUCAGGACGGGUGCACAUCGCAGCCAUCCGUGGUUGUACCUCAAAUACAAAUGGCAAACAUUCACAAGGUGGGCAUAUGAAGUUGACGGAGCAAAGAGAACAUUAUUAUUCUCAAGUCUCAGGGGAAAUGAUCGGGAGUUGGCUUCCACGGAAGCCUGAAAGUUGGAUAGGGACUCAAGUGGAAGAACGGUUUCGGCAGCAGGAAAUUGGACGUCUCCAGUCGCGAAAUGGGAAAAGGUCUUCGAUACUUGUCAAUAGCAGAACAAAGCACGCCCGGAAAUCAAUCCUAGAUCAUAGAUUUCUCUCCCACGACAUGUCUUUACCAGAUCCAGUGAUAUCAAGUGCAGUUAAUAUUGUGUUUUUGGACCACCACAACGUGCUGGUGACUCUGGAUGAGGAGGGGACAGUGUGCUUUUGGAAUGUGAGCGGUGCCGUGGCACAUUACCUGGACGAUUCUUUGGCAUCUUUCCCUGUGUUGAUUGCCACCUGGCAAAUACCGGAGUGGGAAGUCAUUUUUUUUGGCGCUGCCAGUCAUCCGACGUUACAUCUGCCGCUGCUACUGACAGCGACGAGUGAUCUUCAGGUCACAUUGUGGUCUGCAGAUGGUAUUGCAUUGGGAACUUUAUCGACAGGGCGCGAGGCCGACGAGGCCUCCGGUGGGCGCCGGUUUGGCCUACGACCGUACAGACUGUUGUCGGAGGACACAACCGCAGAACUCUGGGCGAAGUUUAUUACGCACAUGGACCGGAUGGUUUUGCCUGAUACAUUGAAGGACAGCCCACUGCGCUUAAGAAGACGCUCGCAGGUAACCCUCACCUUUUCACAAAGGAGAGAAGGUAUGGAGAGACGCAACUCCCAACUGAACGUCAGGCGUGCCAGCCAGCACUCGUGGAGACCACGGCCUUCUGUUUCACUUACCCAUGUGGAUUCCACCGAAGACACUGUCAUCCUCCGCAGUCAGAGAGGAAGUACUAACUCACAAAGUUUCCAAAGCGACGAUGACAAAUAUAGCAGUUUUGACGAACGAUGUGAGGCAGGCAUUAGGUCGAUUGUUAAGCCUGUUUACCAGAGCCUUGUUAAAUGGACUGAUUCGUCCUUCUCGCUGAAAAAAACAGGCGUUGUCUCCCUUCCCCCAUUAAAUGCAGCCACGGGGAGCCGCAGAAGACGUUUCCAACGGUAA